AUGGCUCAAGGUAAACCCCCCUCGGUGUCGUCCGCCAAGGGCAACAUCGACCCCGUGCCUGCACCGACAGCGACGGAAAUGGGCGAAUUCAAGGACAAGAAAGACAUCUCGCAUGUUGAGCGGGUGCUCUCUCCUAGUGACAACCCGAAGAAAGAUGACAUGGACUUUUCGAGGGUCGACAGAGAGGUCCAAGAAUAUGCCACACGAGGUCAAGUCGAAGUCGACGAUGCUACCAGUCGUCGACUACGACGGAUGAUCGACCGGCGUGUGCUGGUAAUCAUGAUCUUGACAUAUUUCCUCCAAGCCCUUGACAAGGGAACGAUGUCGUUUGCUUCUAUCAUGGGAAUCCGAGAGCAACUGAAUCUGCACGGACAGCAGGUUUGUUUUCCCUUUGAGCUCUCAAACCUAGGACGAAUGAAUGCUGACCGAGUACCCUCUUCAUCUAGUACUCCUGGCUGA